GUUUCUGACUUCUCAAGUAAGAGAUCAAUAAACCGUUUUUUUGCAAGAUGAAUACAUUUGUCGUAGUUGCUUUCGCCCUUUUGGCUCUUGCCGGCGCUUCUCCAUCCGGUAUUUAUGAUCAUGGACUUGGACUUGGCCAUGGACUUGGUGGACUUGGAGGACUUGGUCAUGGAAGUAUUAACCACAAUUACCACGGAUCUGUUGGACCAAGUGGAGUGGUAACCGGCGCUGGAGCUUCCGGACCAGCUGGUACCGUCGAUGGACAUGGUGCUGUUGGACCAUCCGGUGUCGUUAACGGACACGGUGCUGUUGGACCAACCGGACCUAACGGACAUGGAAUUGGUCUUGGACAUGGACUCGGUUUGGGAGGACUUGGACAUGGCGUAGUUGCUGGACAUCUUGGUCUCGGACAUGGUUUGGGAUUGGGACCAGUUGUAGGACCUGCCGGUCUUGGUCUCCAUGGAGUUUACGGUCUUCACGGACUUCAUGGAGUGCAUGGACUUCAUGGACUUCACGGACUUCAUCAUUACUAAAUCUAAUGAUACGCAUGGCCUAGCCAUAUAAAAUUGUAUCUUAUUUAUUAUUACUAAUUUAUAUUUUGAGAUUUUUGAAUGCUAGGACUGUGUUGUAUUAUUCGAUAAGUUUCAUAAUAUGCCGACAAAUAUUUCCGAAUUAUAACUG